AUGUUCAAGCUGUGCAGAGUUUUCUUUGUGUGCAUACUGCUGGUACAGUCUCAAUUUGUUAAUUGCCUUGGGGUCCCUGGAAAGCAUGGCGCAGUUCUUCGGCUAUCCAAAAAAGCAUUUGAUAAUGCUGUCUCUGACCAAAUGAAAGGAAGCAAUACACAGAACAGCGGACAACCAGCUGGAGGGGGUGGCCUCCUUGGGGGCUUGCUUGGGGGCUUGCUUGGUGGAGGCGGGGGACUUCUUGGUGGUAUUUUAGGUGAUGGCAAAGGAGGAGGUCUUUUAGGAGGUUUGCUUGGUGGGCUCCUUGGUGGUGGAGGAGGUUCUGGACUUCUUGGUGGACUUCUUGGAAGUGGAGGACUUCUUGGAGGCCUACUUGGAGGUGGAGGUGGUGGGGCAAAUGUUCCUAGUAGCACAGCUAUUGAUUCAAAUGUGGGUCUUGCUGGAAAUGGUGGUGGAGCAGGAGGUGGUGGACUGCUUGGUGGACUUCUUGGAGGCCUCCUUGGGGGUGGAGGUCAUUCUGCAAAUGGAGGAUUACUGGGCAACUUACUUGGAGGAGGUGGCCUGCUUGGAAUACUUGGUGAUGGAGGCCUUCUUAACACAGUGCAAGUAAUCACAGGCCUUCGAAUUGUAGAUCUGACUCUUCCAAAAGUCUCUCUGAAGCUUCUUCCAGGAAUUGGUGUUCAUCUGAAUGUCUACACGAAGGUGGCACUUGAGGGUAACAGCCUUUUAGGGUUCCUUGAUAUUUCGGUGGAAGUAAACAUCACAGCUAGGGCCAGGCUUACCCAAGAGGCAUCAGGGGUGCCAAGACUUGUGAUCGAUGACUGCGAGAUGCUUCUGGGAGGAAUAAAUGUGAGACUGUUAAGGGGAUUGCUAUCAGGAAUAUUGGAUGGCCUGGUUGCCAACUUGCUUCGACAUAUCUUACCUGGAUUGCUGUGUCCAGUUCUAAAUGUCGUUCUAGACCUUGUGAAUGGGCUUCUCCUCACUGUCAACUCCAUAGUUCCCCUUGGUAUAAUUGGCAGCAUCCAAUAUACAGUCUCGAGUCUUCCCAUAGUGACUGGGGAGUUCAUUCAGUUGGAUUUAAAUACAUUGGUACACCAGCUUGGCGGGGGCCUCAUUGAUUAUCCUACAGGCCACUCAGCACCAAUGGCCUUACCCCCCAUGACGGAAGCUACUGAAUCACAGCUUGGCCUCUCCACUCAUUUCCUCGCCAGUGUCUUAACUGCUCUCCAAAAAGAGGGUCUAAUGGAUAUUGAAAUAGGAAAUGGAGAUGUACCUGGAAUUCCACCACUUACAACAUCAAUCCUGGGAGGUAUAAUACCUAAGGUGGCCGCAAUGUAUAAUGAGGAAAGACCUCUGAUCAUCAAGAUAACUGUCCCUGGCGCUCCUGUGGUCUCACUGCAGAUGAAUCAAGGAAAAGUGACAUUGUUUGUUAACGCAGAAAUAUUUGCUGCUAAUUCUGAUUCUGACUGGCAUUCUCUCUGUGUUCUUGGGGCUGAAGUGCAUUUGAAUGCCCAGUUCUCUGUAUCGGGGGACAAUCUGAAGAUAUCAUUGUCUGUAGACAGCGUUCAUCUUUCAUUGGUAUCAUCCACAGUUGGCCGCUUUGAGGUUUCUCCCUUAGAGGGCCUCGUCAGUAACAUGGUCAGCUUCGCCUUUUUGCCUGCAUUAAACCUCGUUGUAGGAAAUGGUUUCCCACUGCCGAAGCUGAUGAACUUGGACUUAAAUGAUGCAGAAAUAGACAUUUUGGAUAACUUGUUGGUGUUGUCGAAAUAA